AUGAGUAGUGAAACAAUUGAAAAAAAUAAUUUGAAAUCACUAGAGGAAGAGGAAAUUAUGGUAGAAAAGAACUUAGAGAAUGAGAAUGAUGAUGUAAUUGUUAAUGAAGAUGGUCAAGAAAAUAUUAAUGAAAAUGAAGUUGAUAUAGAAAGAAAAGAUGUUCAUGAUAAUUUGAGUAGUGAUGUUUCUUAUAAUAUUUAUGAUCCCGGAUGGUGGAAAAUUAUUGAUACUAAAUUAAGAGAUUUGUUAGUAGAAAAAUGUCCAAUUAGAAUAAAUGAUAUAGUUUUUCCAAAAGAUGAAAAUUCUAGGCAUUUUUCCACUUUUUAUUACAUGAGAAAAUUAUCGAAUGGAGAAACAUAUGAUAGAAGAUGGUUGGUAUAUUCUAUGGAUUUUGACAAGGUGUAUUGUUUUUGUUGCAAAUUAUUUCAUUCUAAUUCUACUAAUAAUAUGAAUCAAUUAGGCAAUGAAGGAAUUAAGGAAUGGAAAAAUCUUGGUACUAGGCUUAAAACACAUGAAACAAGUAAUGAGCAUAUUUUUAACAUGAAUGCUUGGAUUGACUUAGAAUUGAGACUUGCAAAUAAUAAAACAAUAGAUAAAAGUGUGCAAGAACGAAUUAAUAAGGAGAAGGAACAUUGGAUGAAUGUUUUAGUAAGAAUAAUUGCUAUUGUAAAAAGUCUAGCUAAGAAUAAUUUGGCAUUUCGUGGAAAUAAUGAAAAGAUCUACCAAGAGAACAAUGGAAAUUAUUUUAGUUUAAUUGAAAUGAUUGCUGAAUUUGAUCCAAUUAUGCAAGAACAUGUUCGAUGUAUUCAAAACAGUGAAAUUCAUAAUAAUUAUUUGGGACAUAGAAUUCAAAAUGAGUUGAUUCAAUUAUUAGCGAGAGUGAAAAAUACAAUUUUGAAAAAAGUCAAAGAAGCAAAAUAUUUUUCAGAUAUACUUGAUUGUACUCCUGAUUUAAGUCAUCAAGAACAAAUGUCUCUUAUAUUGAGUGAACUCACAAAAGAAAUUGAAAAUUUGAAACUUGACAUUAAUGACAUAAGAGGACAAGGAUAUGAUAAUGGAUCUAACAUGAAAGGAAAGCACCAAUGUGUACAAAAGAGAUUAUUAGAGUUAAAUCCUAGAGCAUUAUAUACACCUUGUGGUUGUCAUAGUCUUAAUUUAGUACUUUGUGAUGUUGCUAAUUCUUGUGUUAAAGUUGUAUCAUUUUUUGGUGUUUUACAACGUAUAUAUUCAUUAUUCUCUUCUUCACAUAAGCGAUGGACAAUAUUGAAAAAUAAUAUAUCUACUUUGACUGUGAAAUCAUUGUCUCAAACUCGUUGGGAAAGUCGUAUUGAAAGUGUUAAGGCAAUUAGAUUUCAAACUCCAAAAAUAAGAGAUGCUUUGCUUGAACUAGCAGAAACAAGUGAUGAUCCUAAAAUAAAGAGUGAAGCUAAAUGUCUAGCAACCUAUGAAUUAGAGAAUUUUGAAUUUUUGUUAGGCAUGACUAUUUGGUUUGAUAUUUUGUUUGUUGUCAAUUCAAUUAGUAAAAAUUUACAAUGUAAAAAUAUGGAUAUUGACAAUGCUAUAAAUCAGUUAGAUGACCUUCUUUCUUAUUUUGAAAAUCAUAGGAAAGAUGGAUUUGUUUCUGCUAUGAUUUUCAGCUAA